AGUGGAGCUUUCUCUUCCGGGGCGAGCGUCUGCGCGGUCGCACGUGUUUCUCUUGGUUUAGUUUGAGCCGGCGCUGGCGGAGAAGUGAUUUGAACCGCCGAGCCGGAGCCAUGGAGGGCCAGAACGUGGAGGAGCUGCUGGCAAGGGCGGAGCAGGACGAGGCAGAGAAGUUGCAGCGCAUUACGGUGCACAAAGAACUGGAGCUGGAAUUCGACCUGGGUAACCUGCUGGCCUUGGACCGGAACCCCCCUACGGGCCUGCGGCGCGAGGGACCCACUCCAGAGGCCGAACUGCGGGCUUUGGCGCGGGACAACACGCAACUGCUCAUCAACCAGCUGUGGCAGCUGCCCACGGAGCGCGUGGAGGAGGCGCUGGUGGCGCGGCUGCCGGAGCCCACCACUCGCCUGCCGCGGGAGAAGCCGGUGCCCCGGCCGCGGCCGCUUACACGCUGGCAGCAGUUCGCGCGCCUCAAAGGAAUCCGUCCCAAGAAGAAGACCAAUCUAGUGUGGGACGAGGUGAGCGGCCAGUGGCGGCGCCGCUGGGGCUACCAGCGCGCCCGUGACGACACCAAGGAAUGGCUGAUAGAGAUGCCCGGCAGUGCCGACCCCUUGGAGGACCAGUUUGCCAAGCGGAUUCAGGCUAAGAAGGAACGGGUGGCCAAGAACGAGCUGAACCGGCUGCGUAAUUUAGCUCGCUCGCACAAGACGCAGCUGCCCAGCGCGGCUGGCUUGCACCCUACGGGACACCAGAGUAAGGAGGAGCUGGGCCGCGCCUUGCAGGUGGCCAAGGUCUCCACUGCUUCUGUGGGGCGCUUCCAGGAGCGCCUGCCCAAGGAGAAGGCGCCCCGGGGCUCUGGCAAGAAGAGAAAGUUUCAGCCUCUUUUCGGGGACUUUGCAGCCGAGAAGAAGAGCCAGUUGGAGAUGCUGCGAGUCAUGAACAGCAAAAAGCCUCAGCUGGAUAUAACGAGGGCCACCAAUAAGCAGAUGAGGGAGGAGGAACAGGAGGAGGCAGCCAAGAGGAGGAAAUUGAGCCAAAAGGGCAGGAGAAAGGGGGGCCGGCAGGGGCCAGGGGGCCGGCAGGGCCCUGGAGGCAAGAGGAAAGGGGGUCUGCCCAGCCAAGGAGGGAGGAGGAAAGGAGGCUUGGGAGGCAAGAUGAAUUCCGGGCCGCCUGGCUUGGGUGGCAAGAGGAAAGGAGGUCAACACCAAGGAGGAAAGAGAAGGAAGUAAAUUUCACCCUCGAACCCGCCGGUAAACCAAGAACUACAUUAAAUGUGAAGUUCUAGGUCCUGAAGGAGGGUGCAAACGAAGGUAGCCGUUGCUUCCUUUCUGCUUGAAGUUUAAGGGGUAGGAUUGCCUUCCCCUCGAGAUACUAUGUCAUUGUUGGACUCUGCAAGUUAAUGUUUUUCCCACAACCAAGACUUUGACUGGAAAUUUAAAGAAUGUAAUUGAGGACAUAAGAAUUAGAGAAAGAAUGGUGGAAACUGAGAAUAAGCUCUAUUUUUAAACAACCACCUUUUUUUUUUUUUUUAAACUUUGGAUAUGGUGUGAGGGAGAGUUGGUCAUGUUUCAGAGACUAGGUUGAUUUUGUCAUUUUUCUAAAAAGCUUGUGUACUUAUCAAAGCGGAUGGCAAUGGAUAUACACAUUACAUUUUCAGAACUGGCCUUACAAGUAACUUGUAAAGUUAUUUAACAGAACUAUGUAUCUAAUGUUGCUUUUAACUGUUUGGCUGUUGGUAGAAAUCUUAAGUAAAUUCGUACCUAGAACAAAUUAUUUUCAUUUAUUUCUAAAAAAACAAAGCAGCUAUAUUGUCUUGAUUUCAGCAGACCACUUUUUAAGAAAUACUUCUUUUGGUAUCAUAAUAUUGAAAGUGUAGUACAACUGGUGUCAGAAGAGAUUUAAUGCUUUUCGACACUGAAAACAUUGAUUUUACUAUAAUAAAUUUGGGCUUAACUAAA